AUGUUCUUCUUCGAUUACUUCAAACCUUCCCCUCCCCUCACCACCCAUUCUGUCAAAGUCUAUCAUUGUCCCAAGAUGGCUUCGGCUCAACUUGAUCGUCAACGUCAUCGAGAAACAGGAUACAAACCUCUUACCAAACCACAAUCCAAGUAUUCCAAGACGCGUCUCACCAUUCAAACCACAAUUGAUACUAAAGACAAGAACAAUCGGAGAACCGUGCGUUUCUCUGAUGAUUCUUCCCUUUCUUCGUCUCCUUCAUCAAUAUUACUCGUCACUCCUACUUCUUCACCUCGAACGUCAAGUUUUCCAUCCCGUCUUUCUUCCCCUCUCAACUACACUUCGAAAUAUACUCCUACUUCCAUGCUAUCGAACACACGAAACCCCUCACCGAAAGAUCUCGAACACAAACCAUUGAAAGGAAUCCUUCGUACGUCUUCUAAAAACCGACUCUCCACAAUUGUCCCGUCUACAAGUUAUCACUCUGAUCUCCUACACAAACCUCGGACAAGAGAAGGAGAAUGGAAGAAUUUAUGGAGAGAGAGAAGGGAGAAAAGGGAUAUAUGUGAAAUUAACAGUUUUCCUUGUUGUCCAAGACCAAAAGAAGAAGAAUGGAUUCAUCGUUUGGAGAAAUUACAAGAAUGGAAUGAAGGGGAAAAUAAUUUAUUGGAUCAUAUUCAACAAGUUUAUGGUGGAUCCGAUGAAUAUGAGAAAGAAGUAUUCAAUGGUCUUUCUGAACAACCACAUCCUAGGAUACAAAAGACUAAGAAGUCUACAACGAAGAAGGAAGUGGUGGAACCGGUAUGUACCAAGAUGGUGAUACAAGGGGAGAUUGAGAAAUAUUGUCUUUGA